GAUAGCAGUGGCUGUUACGUAGGUGGGACGAAUUCGUCCCACCUAGCCCAUAGAGGUUAAAAAUGUCAAAUUGACUUUUACUCAACUAAUUACUUAGCAUUUGUCGCGCGUCAAGGGCAGGAUUUUGCCACCAGCAGCAGCCAUCGGGUAUUUCUUGUGCGGAGGCGUGUCUAAACGUUCACUUUUUCAACGGUUUGUUGAAUCGGCUGAAAGCGAGCAGACUGGAAAUAUGCCCCGUUCAUGUGGCGGCUGGAUUUGUAUCGGAUUUCUCCCACCCAGACAAAAAAAGAUGAUAGUGAAGUUUAUCUGUGCGGUUGUUACCCGGUCCCUAUUCCUCCUCAUCUCUCUGAUAGGAGUAUGGAGGGUGGUCUGGGUUAAGAAUAAUGCUCUUUAUUGGUUCUUAACGAUCCUUUAUCUUCCUCUGGUGGUUGAGAUGAUUCUAACCCUGAAGAGAAAAAAAUUACAGGAUUAUAAAUGGAUUAUAAAUGAAUCAGUUAUACUAACCACUAUGUGUUUCUCUGGAUGGAGUUACCUAGCCACACUGUUGUCGUCAGUGUGUGCUAACGACUGGAUCCUAGGCCUCCACCAGACCCUGUUGAUCCUGCUGGUCAUAGGGAAGUGGCUGCUUCCUGUAGCAGGAGGGGUGACCAGGGAUGAACUCUCUCAGCUCCUCCUCAUCUUCGUAGGCACUGCCGCUGACAUCCUGGAGUUCACCUCAGAGACGCUGUUGGAUGUCGAGGACAGCAAUCCCAGCAUGGUGUACGUCAUCCUAGGAGUCUGGACGUGGAGCAUGUUCCAGUUUCCUCUCCACCUGUCAUUGUCUACCUCCAGACCUGAUGAAUAUUCAGAGGGGGAUCAGGGUGUGGCUCUGCUGGCCAGACUAAGGACAGAUAUCUGGAGCAUGGAGGAGAGCCUCUUCAUCCAGGACGGACCCUUCCUGGUGGUCCGCCUCACCCUCGUCCUCCACUUCCACGUCAUACACCAGAUGCUCAUCUUCUUCGCCAUCAAGAACUUCCUGGUGGUCGUUCUGAACUUCUACCAUCUGUUCGUCAUCUACACCGACUACAAGGCUUCAGGUUGAUCUGAGGUCAUAACAAGAUGAAGAUUCAGCUGUAAACUGGAACUGAUAAAUAUCUCUGGGUUAGGGUGGGUAGACGGCUGACAGCAGACGUGUCUGUCUGAACACUGGGUAAUAUCUCUGGGUUAGGGUGGGUAGACGGCUGACAGCAGACGUGUCUGUCUGAACACUGGGUAAUAUCUCUGGGUUAGGGUGGGUAGACGGCUGACAGCAGACGUGUCUGUCUGAACACUGGGUAAUAUCUCUGGGUUAGGGUGGGUAGACGGCUGACAGCAGACAUGUCUGUCUGAACACUGGGUAAUAUCUCUGGGUUAGGGUGGGUAGACGGCUGACAGCAGACAUGUCUGUCUGAACACUGGGUAAUAUCUCUGGGUUAGGGUGGGUAGACGGCUGACAGCAGACAUGUCUGUCUGAACACUGGGUAAUAUCUCUGGGUUAGGGUGGGUAGAGGGCUGACAGCAGAGGUGUCUGUCUGAACACUGGUAAAUAUCUCUGGGUUAGGGUGGGUAGAUGGCUGACAGCAGACGUGUCUGUCUGAACACUGGGUAAUAUCUCUGGGUUAGGGUGGGUAGACGGCUGACAGCAGACGUGUCUGUCUGGAUUAUUAACAGCCACAGCUACUGACAAAUUAUGAACAUAAGAUUGUUCAUGUUUGUUUGAUCUCAAAUUAGAUCUAUGGGUGGAACCCUUUAAAUAAAAUACAAUUGGUCAGAUUCACGUGGUUAGCAGAUGUUAUUGGUCACGUGGUCAGCAGAUGUUAUUGGUCACGUGGUUAGCAGAUGUUAUUGGUCACGUGGUUAGCAGAUGUUAUUGGUCAGAUACACGUGGUUAGCAGAUGUUAUUGGUCACGUG